UCAUUUUUCUACAAAUAAUAUCGAUAGAUCAUAUAUAUAUGUUAUGAACAACCCUAGCCGUGUGUAAUCGGUCAUCACUAUUUUCCUAUCGCUCGUGAGAUUCGCCAGGUUGAAAAUUUUUCGUCGUACUCUCGGAACAACAAAGCGACAAGUCGUCAGACAGCAGCAACAUGUCCGCCUACAAGCUGGAGACCGCCCCCUUUGACCCCCGGUUCCCCAACCAGAACGUGACCCGGUACUGCUACCAGUCGUACAUCGAUUUCCACCGCUGCCAGAAGAAGCGCGGCGAGGACUUCGCCCCCUGCAACUACUUCCAAAAGGUGUACAAGUCGAUGUGCCCCAACGCCUGGGUGGAGAAGUGGGACGAGCAGCGCGAUAACGGCACAUUCCCGGGCCGCAUCUAAGCCCGGCCAGCAGCGCACGCCUCCCUAGCCAUCCUAAGAACACCAAACGAGACGAAGGCGACCGGAGAUGAUGAUGAUGGAGGCUGGGCGGACUGGGUGGACUGGGCGUGGAACGAGAGUGUUGGGGUGGAGCAGCCGAGGGCAGGAGGUUGUCUGACAUCCGGAUGACAGGAUCAGGAUCAGGAUCUGUAACAGGCAGUUGUAACAAUUUCUAAAGUGAACUAGUUCAUGUUUGUGCUUUCCCAACGGUGCGGUGAAUGAAGACCAUCAUCUCACCCACCCGUCGUCAAAUACAAAUACACAAUUGUUCAAUUCCUGAAUUCUGAA